CCUGCUAGCCGCGCGAUGGCCUCGCUCCGGGCAGAGCGCGCCGCCGGCGGCCCGCGGUUCUCUACGACCCUCGCGGGGCGACCGGCAGCGCUCCGCCUCCUCCUCCUGCUGGGCGCUGUCCUGAAGCCCCAGGAGUCCCUGGCUCAGCUUCUUCCCACUGAAGGCAGCUUGAAGUCAGAAGAGAACAAGAUGGAGGACUAUAAGGCGAAUGCCCGGUUUUGCUGGCAAUCUUAUAAGGAGCAGAUGGACUCUAUCCCCAAGGACUGGUGCGACUGGACCAUGAUUAGCAGGCCCUAUAGCGACCUGCAAUAUUGCUUGGAGCAUUUUGCAGAAGCAUUUGGCCUGGGUUUCCCCAAUCCCUUGGCAGAAGAGAUCAUCUUUGAGACUCACCAGAUCCACUUUGCCAACUGCUCCUUGAUGCAGCCCACCUUAUCAGACCCUCCAGAGGAUGUGCUUCUGGCCAUGAUCAUAGCCCCCAUCUGCCUCAUCCCCUUCCUUGUCACCCUUGUGGUGUGGAGGAGUAAAGACAGCGAGGCCCAGGCCUAGGGUGGUGGUAUCAGCUAUUAGCAGUCAUCUUACUCCUUUCCCCUGCCACCACCAGGUCUCUCUCUUCCCCUCCCUGCCUCCUUCUCUCACUUUCACCCCCACCACAGACACUUGAAUUGCUGGAAAUGGAAGCCCAGUGGUGGCACAAGUUUUGUAAUCUUCAAAAUAAAACUUUUUUUUUUUUUUUUUUUUUGGUACUAUCCCCUCCCCAUCCCAGAGUCUCUACCAUUUCCCACAGCUCUGGGCAGCAGAGCUGGAAAAUCUGGAUACGAGCACUGUUUUGUUCACUUGCCUGCUCCUCACUAUUCCUCUCCCCCCACUUGAAAGCCACCCCCUACACUGCUUCCUCCCAGGGCUGGGCCUUUCCUGUCCUUAUCCAAAACCAACACCAGGAAACCUGCAGGAAGAGACUCCCUUCCGGCUUGGAUGGCAGCUGGGAGGUGUGGGGGAAGGGGCAAGGGUGGAAUCUCUGCUGUGACUCCUGUGAGAAGGAAGGGGGACUGCCUAGGGGCUCUGAAUUUUCCUCUUUUUCAUGCCUCAGUUUACUCCCAGGCCUAGGAAUAGAAAACCUUGAUAUACCAAAAAGAGUUCAUUCCUAAAGAGCUCAGGAUUGAAGGGAAAGGCAGUGGGACUUAUUCUACUAACUCCACCACAGAACUCCCUGUCCAGGUCCCCCUGGCCCUCAUCCUACAUUGUCCUGGACCCUGGGGGUGUGGCCUACAGCCUGUUAGCACAACUGCCCCCUGGUGUCCACUGGAGCUAAUAGCCAGAAGAUGGAUAUGACCUGGAAGAAGCUCAAAGCUGAGGAGACUGGACCCUGGAAUCAAACAUCUGUCAUCCUCAUAGCAACCAUUAUUCUUAGCAAACCCUUCUAUCAGCUUCCUAGCCAUACUGAUACUCCUCUAAGACACCUUCCCACUUUCUAGGGACAUACCUAGCCUCUGAACUCACCAUUUCUGUAUAUGAAUACUCUUACAUGUUCCCUGGACAGUGAGGCCCAGUUUUCCCAGAGGACCUUCAUCUUCAGUUCUUCCAGAUCAUCAAAAAUACUAGAGACAAGGACAGCUGGAUGGCUCAGUCAAUUAAGUGUCUGACUUUGGCUCAGGUCAUGAUGUCAUGGUUUGUGGGCUCGAGCCCCACAUCAGGCUGUGUGCUGACAGCUCAGACAGAGCCUGGAGCCUGCUUUGGAGUGUGUGUCCUCUCUCUGCCCCUGCCCUGCUUGUGCUCUGUUUGUCUCUCUCUCCCCAAAACAAAUAAACAUUAAAAAAAUACUAGAGAACAACUUUGUUCUCCAUAAAGACAC